GGCGGCGGCGGCGGCGGCGGGGGGCGGCCAUGAACGAGGCGGUGCUGCGGCAGACGCGGGAGGCCCUGGGCCGGGUGAUCCGGCGGCCGCCGCUCACCGACCGGCUGCUGAGCAGGCCGCCCUUCCGCUACCUGCACGACGUCAUCACCGAGGUGAUCAGAGUGACAGGUUUUAUGAAAGGACUUUACACGGAUUUUGAAUUGAAAUCAGAUAAUGUCAAGGAUAAAGAUGCCAAAAUCAGCUUCCUUCAGAAGGCAAUUGAUGCUGUUGUAAUGGUAACAGGAGAGCCACUGGCAGUAAAACCAGCACGUGUUGUGGCUGGACAUGAACCUGAAAAAACAAAUGAAUUUCUUCAAGCGAUUGGGAAGUGUUGCUUAAAUAAGCUCUCCAGUGAUGCUGCUGUAAAAAGGAUCUUAGCUGGGGAAAGAGCUGAUGUUCAAGGGAAACCUCCAUCUUCUAAAUCUCGAGAUAAAGAAAGCAGAGAGCCCAAAACAGAAGAACAAAAACCCCAUAGGGAUAAAGAGGGAAAAGGAGAUACUGAAAUUAAAGACAGAAGCUCAAGCAGAGACAGAAAACCCAAAGGAGAUUCCAAAGAAAGUGAAGAAAGAGAAAAGGAAAGUGAUAAACAGAAAGAAAAUGAAGACAGGCACAAAGACGCUGAAAGGGACACCUUUAAGGGAGAGGAAAAACAAGAAAGGGAAAGAAGCAGAACAACCAAACAAGGAAGAGAAACAGAAAAAAACAAAAGGAAAGGAGACAUAGAACGAGAAGAUGAUGCUGAACAUGAUAAAGGACAGGAAAGGGAGAAAAAAAGUGAAGGAGGAAGAGAAACAGACAGAUUGAAAGGAAGAGACAAAGACAAGGCUAGGGACAGAGAACGAGAGAAAGAUAGAGAAAGGGGAAAAGGUCGGGACAGGGAUAGGCAGAGAGACAGAGGAAAAGAUGGGGAGCAUGUAAAAGAACAUGGAAAGGAUAAAGCAGAGAAAAAGAGCGAAAGUCCUGCAGGAAUUUCAAGGCAGCCUUCAACAAAAGGAUCAAGGCAACGCGCCAAACCCGGAGGAGAAGGAACUACAGAGAUGAAGAGUGUGGCAGAUGGGAUUUCAGAGGACAAUGUUGCUAAACUGCAAGAGAAAGCUGAACCAGGACUUGCAGUCAAACAGAAUGAAGAAGAAGCAGAGAACAUUGCUCCUGAAAAGCCUGUGGUAUCUGAAAAUGGUGAAGUACCCAAUGAUCUUCCUCCUCAGGCUAUCCAAAGACGUAUUCCCCGUCCCAGCAGUGCAAGACCAGCACCGCCCCGAGUAGUAAAACGUCAAGAAAGUGUAGAGGCCUUACUUCCAGAAAGGAGUGGUAGUGGUAAAACGGUCCCAAAUGUUAUCACAGACCAGCAGAUUUCUAAUGAUGAUGAUGACCAGUUUGUGGUGGAGGCAGCCCCGCCAGUGCCUGAAAUACCAGAGAUGGAAAUGGAGCCAGAAGUGGAUCUGGUCGAGGAUGAAAAGCACGGUGGGCUUGUAAAAAGAAUCUUAGAAACAAAGAAAGAUUAUGAAUCAUCACCAAAAUCAUCGAAGGCAACAGAGAGGGUUGAGCACUGGACCUAGAAAGGGACAAUGGGGAGGAUUUACAAAACCUCAUGGAUUUCAUGCUGGGGAAGCUUCCUCUGGUGAUUGUACUAAACUUUUUUCUCUUUUUUUCCCUUUUUUUAUUGACUAAAAUGACUCACUGUUAACCCCUUAGAUUUUUUUAAAUGCACGUGGACAAUUGUGUCCACGUACAAUCAUUGUUUAGUCCCAUUGCCUAGUUUCAGUCUCUAAACAUUCAUUCAGUCCUUGUUUGUCUUUUGUUGCAUUUUUUGAAGCACUGAUCUGCGUUAGCAGCAUUGAUAAUGGACGACUAAUUCUGGAAAAAAAAAAACCUGCUGACUUCCUGGUCUAUCACGUGCAACAUACAGCACUAAGCUCCUGGAAUAUCAUCUGAUCUCAUAUCCAAGCAGCUGGCUGCUGCUGCGUUAGGUUUCUUUGCUGCUACUGCUCUUCAAAUUAUGUCGAAGAAGUUGUUGUGAUCGAGAGAGGAGAAGCAUAGUUUUCCUGACAGCAGAGGGAAAAGCAGUGCACAAGGUGAUUAAAAAUGCUCAGAGCUGGUGCCUGGGACUUGACAGAUAUAGCUCAGAAAACAUGAGCUGGAGAGAAUACUGAGUUCUGGGGAUUUAUUUUGGAGGAUAGAGAUGCUGUGAUGCAGGAGAAAGUAAAUGUAAAAAAAAUACAUUUCCAAUGUGGUGUUGUCUCUAGGAGUCUUUCAGGGGCCAGAUAUGCAGUGUGUAGCAGGUAGGGGUCUGGCAUGCU